ACAGUUCACGCAAUGCAUUGUGGGUAGGUCAGGAGUAGAGGGGACGCCAUGUGCUUUUGAGGCAGAGGAUCCGCUGGAAGGAGACGUGUGUGUGAUAAAUUUGUCUGUUUCUCAGAGAGAGGACCACCGGCUCCAUUUACCGUCGGCAUGUUCUGCACCAGCCGCUGCCUCCGCACCGCGCUGCGAGUCGCAGCCAGCACGCAUCGGCAACAGCUUCAACGGCAGACACCAGCCUUAUGUGCUCUCAGACUUCUGAAAACCAGUCCAGCCUCGUCUUCAGAUGCCAUCGCCACCCCUCCUCUAGAUGGAGCCCCCAAACAGUAUUCCCCCAAAAUCCAGCAGCUUGUCAGUGACAUAGCCAGCCUCACCUUGUUAGAGGUGUCCGAUCUCAACGAACUCCUCAAGAAAACUCUGAACAUUGAGAGUGUCGGAAUGAUGCCGAUGGGGGCGAUGGCGACAUUAGCUGCUCCUGCAGCUCAGGCUGCAGAGGAGGAGGUGGCACCAGCAAAGAAGGAGAAGACUCACUUUACAGUAAAAUUGACAGAAUUGAAAGCUGCUGAAAAAGUAAAGCUUAUAAAGGAAGUGAAAAACUGCAUCCAGGGCUUGAAUCUGGUGCAGGCUAAGAAACUAGUGGAGUCUCUUCCACAGGAAAUCCGGGCCAACGUAUCCAAAGAAGAGGCAGAGAAAUUAAAAGCAGCCCUGGAGGCAGCAGGUGGCACCGUGGAGUUGGAGUAGAUCUCGUCUGCCCUUAUGCCCACUGUUCGCCAUCAUUUUACUACUCAUGCACUUCAUCCUUGAGUUUAUUUCUUUUUAUUUGUUUUCUUUCCUCCCUUUUUUUUUUUUUUUUGUACGACAAAGACGUGGAUCGUAAGAGAAAUGGAAACAAAUGCCUUCUGACAUUAACGCCGUCCCCUUACAACGUCAGGUCGGGACGGCACAGCUGAGACUGAACUCUCCAGCACGCAGCCUUCGCAGAUGUGCCGCCGCACUGUUUGGUGGUUCGCUUGUCUGAUACACGUGUCACAAACAAGCUAAGGAGAUUGGUUGGAUGCAGAGUAACGCCUUUUUCAGACAUGUAAUGAAUAACAUUGCAGUAAUGGCAUUGUGUCAAUCGGCGGUCAUUGAUCACAUUAAUGUUCCUCUGGUUUCUAUCUGACCUUCCUGCGACAGACUGAGAGAACUUCUCUCUCUGUCAUUGUUACAAAGAG